AUGCAAUCAUCUUUGUGGUUUCUCGUUGUAUUUGUGGCAUUUACUGGUACACAAAGUAGUGAUGCAGCCAAAUCGGUCUUUGCAGCUAGCACGUCACAAUGUUCAUCCGUAGCCACUUGUUAUGCAGGAGGCGCAUCUUCAACACCAUGUACAAUCUCCGAUGGUGGUUGUCCUCCAUGUGUCACAUUUUCAGAUGACGGGUGUUACGUCAAAGUGAAUGGGGCGUGUCCAUUUGGUAGCGACUGCACAUCCGUUUGGGCCGGAGCUCCUACGCCCACUUCUGAUAACAGUAUUACGCCAUCCACUCCCACCACUAACUCUGAUGAUUCUACGACGAGCACCAGUACGACGACACCAAGCAUUAGUACGACGACACCCAGCAUUACACCCUCAUUACCGUCAACUCCAGCAGAAUUGUCUCCUACGGCGUCGUUAAACACGAAGGACACAGCCGACAUGACCCCUAGUUCCACAUCGCCCAGCACUUCAAACAGCGGCGACUUAGCAGUUGAAAAACCGAGCACUAGCCGCUCAGACAUGAGCGUUGUGUUUGCCAUUAUCGGUGCUGCAAUCGGUGUUAUUGCUGUCGCUGUGAUCUUUCUGACGCUCGUGCGACGAUCCAAUGCUGCGCAUGACGAGGAUGAGGAUGUUAUAUCUAAUACACCGCCUGCUUUCUCUAAGGGACCGAUGGCGCACACAUCUCACAACACUACAGGCGCUGCCACGUACUCGAGCUACAACGGAACACCCGGCUUGAGCUCUGGCACGGGUGAUGAGGUUGGAAUGGAGGCGUCCAAGGGCGUUUCCAUGAAUGCCGUAAGCUACUACAAUCAGCAACCCAUGCACAAUUCUGCAGCACCCUCGCCUCAUGUUGCAGGACGGGCCAUCCCGUCACAACCGGUGGGGAUGAACGCAAGCUCCAGUAUGGCCCGACCUUAUGGCGGAAGUCAGAACUUUGGCGUUUCUGGUGUCGGUGUCACUAGUGGAUUCGGCACCUCAGGUUUUGGACAGGCUGGCGUUGGGGUUAAUAAUCAGGCACCACCGACACCGAUGCAGCACCUCUCGACGGGUGGCGUGGCACCUUCGCCGCACUCGCGGAGAGAAUCGUACGAGUUCUAG